AUGGCAAUUCCAAAAUGGGAACUUCCAUUAGACGUGCUCAUCAUAAUCGCCGAAAAAUUAAGAUACUAUGAAGAUGUUGAGGCCUUUGCAGGGGUUUGUACUAGUUGGAGACGUGCAGCAAAGCUUAGUAAACGAUCAUCAUCGACGACUCAAACCCCAUGGUUGAUGCUAGCACAACCACCUUAUACUGCUAAGCGUUUGUUCUAUAGUCUCUACAAUGGCAAGAUUCGUCGUGUGGAUUUGCCCACACCACCUACACCACCACCAUAUAGUAUCUUGUACAAUCAAUACUUAUUGAGGCAACUUUAUCCACCCAAGGAGUGCAAAAAAAUUAGAAAGAGUGAUUGGAGGUACUUCUCUUCGCGUGGAUGGUUGAUUUGUGUAACUCAAAUCGGUCUAAAUAUCAGUCUGAUGCAUCCCUUGUCAGGGGAAAUAGUUCAAACCCCUAUAAUAAGAGGAAACAUCUUGCGUUCAAUGGAUCUUUUAUGGCAUGAUCGGAAGUAUUUACAUAUGUUCUACAAAUUCGCGCUGUCAGAAAGUCCAUCAGUAACUCAGGACUAUACUGUUGCAAUGGUUAUCACUAAUACUCUGGCUUUCUGGCAUAGCAGUGAUUGUAAGUGGACUGCAGUCAACACUGUCGACAGUAGACAUUAUCUUGGUGCAUACAGGGAUGUCACAUUUUAUAACAAGGAAUUAUAUGCUGUUGUUCAUCCUGAUGUAUGUGAUUCUAAACAUAUUAGUCAUGUUCAGGUAAUGGCUUGUGGGAAAACUUGUCCUUGGACUCCAAGGUUAGUUUCAGAGCUCAGAACUGCAAAAAACGGUUAUGCUAAGAAAUUCUACUUGGUGGAAUCAGAUGGCAUGUUGCUACUUGUGUGUCGUUACACGAAUGUGGUAUUCGAUUCGAAACAGAUAAGAUACACAUACAAGACUAAAUACUUUGAUGUGUGGAAGGUGAAUGUCAUGAAUGGGUUGCUAACAAAGGUGAAUGACUUGGGUAAUAGAGCACUUUUUGUAGGGUUUAACUCUUCUUUUUGUAGGGUAAUAGAACAGUCUCCAGUAUCAAAUUUGUUUAGGAACAAAUUGCCUUAUUGUGAGGGUAAUUGCAUUUACUUCACCGAUGAUUGGCUGGAAUAUUAUUAUCUAAAUGAAGGUGGGCAUGAUAUAGGAGUUUAUAGUUUAUCUACCAAACAUAUCUUUUAUUGUUACGAAGGUCAUUUGCGUUUCAGUGUAUCUACACCGUCCUUAUGGGUCGAGACCCCUGAGGUUGUUCAUUGGUCUAGUCUUAAAACUUGA